AUAGCCAGAAAUUGGAAACUUAAAGGGAUCAAUAGCCUGGACCGAACCGAGAACUCUCUGGAAUUUCAGCGAUAGCACCUCAAUCGUAUGCAGUUUCAGCCGACAUCCUAUUGUUCAAUCGAUGAUCAGCAGUUAAGGCAAUUGAAACUAUAACUCUUUUUUUUGGCCCAAUUGACACCAAAAACAAACAACAAAUUAUAAAAAAAAAAAAAACAACCACAAACCACUAAUGUAACUUUUUUUGAAGCCCACAAAAAGGACGAGUAUAAGAAAAAACCGCAACGCACAAACCAAGUUUCGAGUUCAAACAAAAAAUUAAAAAAGUUUAAAUUAAACGCCCCGCAAAAAAACGUAAAAAGACAGUUGCGAAAAUCAGUGAAAAAUCAAAAUAAGAAAUGCAAACGCGACUUUAAACACACAAAUCCACUGACAAACGCUUGCUAAACGCUUUUUUUCCCCGGUUCAGCAGAGGGUAGCAAAAGUUUCGACUCGGCGAAUCUAAAAAAAUAAAUCAAAUUUACCAAAAACAACAUAAAUUCGUCAAGGACAUGAGUCAAUCGUUUAAUUGAGCGCGCUAAAUUCAAAAAGUCAUCAUUCCACACGUAACAUCCGAAACGAGCAAGAGUUGAAGCAGGAGUAAAAAGAAGACAAGCUUAAAAAUACAACAUAUAUUAAAUAUUAAAGAUCGAUUUCGGAAAGCUACGAAUCGCGUUUUCGAAAGCCACCUACAAAUUCUAAAGUGUUCGAGCAGCAAAACUUCGGUUUCAGGCAGUCCUAAGCUACUCCCCCCCGCCCCGAGAUAAGAUAAUAUAAUAUAUAACUAUUAUAUAUCCAAUCCCAACUCGACUCAACAAAACCCGAAGGUAAACCUCAAAAACACACGCACGCACACUACUCUACCAAAAAAAAAAAAAGAAAAGAAAAGAAAAGAGCUACCGAAAAUGGCAUCCGAACUGGAUCAAUUCGCCGACCUGGAACUCUCAAAGGAGGAUCGUGAACAGAUCUUCGAUCCGCCACUGGAUCGACAGCAGUUGGAAGGUGCUGGCACCUCAAGUGUUACGACAUCAAAAAUCUUAAUAAGCGGCAUACCGAUGCAAACACGUUUCGAAGACAUCGAACCGCUACUGAAGCCCUAUGGCAUCGUCAAACAGUGUGAGGCUAUUUCUAGUAAGGAUCAAAAUACUCAAACAGUACAUAUAACAUUCGAAAAUCCUGAGCAGGCGCAAAGAGCUGCUGGUGGUCUGAACGGUGUCGAGUUCGAGGGCAGCAAGCUGCAUGCCGAGCAGCUGGACAAGAACCAGCGGCGCAGCCAGCGCAACCAGCGCAAUCCGUAUCCGGGAAUGCCCGGUCCUGGACGCCAGGCGGACUUCCCGCUGCGCAUCCUUGUGCAGAGCGAGAUGGUGGGCGCCAUCAUUGGCCGCCAGGGCAGCACCAUCAGGACGAUCACACAACAGAGCCGUGCUCGCGUCGAUGUCCAUCGCAAGGAGAACGUUGGCUCGCUGGAGAAAUCGAUCACGAUCUAUGGCAAUCCGGAGAAUUGCACCAAUGCCUGUAAGCGCAUUUUGGAAGUGAUGCAACAAGAGGCCCUCUCCACGAAUAAGGGGGAAAUUUGCCUUAAAAUACUCGCCCACAACAAUUUGAUUGGUCGGAUCAUUGGCAAGUCGGGCAAUACCAUUAAACGGAUCAUGCAGGACACCGAUACGAAGAUCACCGUCAGCUCGAUCAACGACAUCAAUAGCUUCAAUUUGGAGCGCAUCAUCACGGUCAAGGGAUUGAUUGAGAACAUGUCGCGUGCUGAGAAUCAAAUUAGCACCAAACUGCGCCAGAGCUAUGAGAACGAUCUGCAGGCGAUGGCGCCACAGAGCCUCAUGUUCCCCGGUCUCCAUCCCAUGGCAAUGAUGUCGACACCGGGCAACGGCAUGGUCUUCAAUACGAGCAUGCCGUUCCCCUCGUGUCAAAGCUUUGCCAUGUCCAAGACCCCGGCCAGUGUGGUGCCACCGGUGUUCCCCAAUGACCUGCAGGAGACCACCUAUCUCUAUAUACCGAACAACGCUGUCGGCGCCAUCAUUGGCACCAAGGGCUCGCACAUCCGUAGCAUAAUGCGCUUCUCGAAUGCAUCCCUCAAAAUCGCCCCCCUCGAUGCCGACAAGCCGCUGGACCAACAAACGGAGCGCAAGGUGACGAUUGUUGGCACACCGGAGGGUCAGUGGAAGGCGCAGUACAUGAUCUUCGAGAAGAUGCGCGAGGAGGGCUUUAUGUGUGGCACGGACGAUGUACGCCUAACGGUUGAGUUGCUAGUGGCCAGCUCGCAGGUGGGCCGCAUUAUUGGCAAGGGUGGCCAGAAUGUGCGCGAAUUGCAGCGCGUGACGGGCAGUGUGAUCAAGUUGCCGGAGCAUGCUUUGGCACCGCCAUCCGGCGGAGAUGAGGAGACACCGGUGCACAUCAUUGGACCUUUCUACAGUGUACAGUCUGCACAGCGACGCAUCCGAGCCAUGAUGCUCUCCACAAAUCCGCCGCCAAUAACCAAAAAACAGAAAGCUGCCAAAGAACAAUUGCAACAACAGCAACAGAGCCUAGCCGGAGCUGCGAGCAGCGGGUCCCAGCAGCAGCAGCAGCAGCAGCAGCCACAGUCACCAUCGCAACAGCAGGCGCUGCCGCCGCAGUUGCAUCACCAGCCUGUGUCGUCGGCGUCGUCAUCGUCGACGCCGCCUGCACACCAUCAGCAGCAGCAGGCGUCGACGGCAGCGACCUCGCACCAGUUGCAGCAACAGCAACAGCAGCAGCAGCAGCAGCAGCAGCAGCAGCAGCCAUCGCCACCACCUGGCAAUGCAUCUGCAGCCGCAGCCCAGCAGCAACAGCAGCUGGCGAGCUCACAACAGUAAGGAGGAUGAAUCACCGAUGAAGGAGAGCCGGCGCCGCAGCAGCAACAGUAGCAAAAACAGCAGCAACAGCAACAUCAACAACAACUGCAGCAGCGACAGCGCCAACAAUAGCCAAACAGGGUUUUCUACUGUUGAUACUACCUCCACAACACACCCACAACACAAUCUUCAAUCCCCCAUUUCCCCAACAACAACAACAACAACAACUACAACCACAACAACAAGAACCACCCAAAAUUUACAACCCUAUAAUUACAAGCUAACCGUAGGCGCCACCUUUGUGCUGGCACAGGCGACGGCAAAAGUAAGCAAACAACCUGGAGCAGUAACAUAAACAAAAUCAUCAUAUACAUAUAAUAAAAAAAAUAGGGGAAAAACAACAACUACAUUAAAAAGUGAGCCGCUUGAAGAAGCUCUACUAGUUCGAAAAACAGUGUAUUGCAACUAUAACAAGAAGAAGAACAUCAAAGCAGCCAGAAUAACCAUAACAACAUUCUUCAUUUGCAUACUAAGAAAUAAAGAGAAAACGUUAAAAUAGAAAGCGCUAUAUCGUUCACAUCCAAACCACUAAACAACAAAAAACAACAAAAAAAAAAACACCACUAAAAAACACCCAGCCCAAACUUUGUGUUGUUGUUGUGUUCUGUUAGGUGUUAACUUUUGUGUCGGCUGAGAAUUCGACACCGCCCAAACAGUUUUUCUUUUUCAAGGCAGUACCACCAGUACAUCUUGAUAUAUUAAUUUUUUUUAAAAGUAAACAAUAUUUUUGACGACAACAACAACACAAAGAGUCAAAGUAACUAAUGAGAAAACCCCAAAAAAAAAAACAACUAACAACCCACAAAUUUGAAUGCAAGAAAGGAAUUAAAGGAUAAAGAUGGAAACUUUAGUAGUGUAUGCGUUAUAUUUUUUUUAAAUAUACUUAACUAUAAAACGUUUAUUUUUAAUUAUUUUUUUUAACAAAGAUUUAGUAAGCUUAUAUUUAAGUGGAAAGAUUCGAAGGAGAGGAGAAGUAAGCAAAGCGAAAGAGAAUGAGAUUGUGAAUCAAGCAAAAAAGAAAAAGUAAAGUACAACCGGUUGUUUGAUUCCAAAAUAACCGAAAAUUGUACACAGGCAAAACUUAAAACCAAUAACUAUCCAAAACAAAAAAAAAAAGAACUACAAUACAGACUUGGAAAACAACAAAAGCGUCAGAAAACACAAAUAUAAACUAACUAUUUGGAGCCCACAUCCGCAACAACAAAGGUGAAGAAAGUUCUCAACAAGCACUCAUUUUUCUGGCUUAUAAAAAUGUAUAACAGUCGAUAACGUUAUGUGUACAAUGUGUGCGACAGUUGAUGCAACUGUUGGCGCCCCCCUUACGUUAUACGUAGUAUAACAGACCUCAAUCCAAAACCCAAACCACCAAAAAGAAACAACUAUCUAUGUAUACAAUAUCGUUAAGAGCGCUGUACUGGAUGGAUUGAUGGAUGGAUCAGUGUGUACAUUGGGACUACUAUAUUGAUAGGAAGAAGGGAUGUGGAUGGAACAAGAAACGCCAGCGAGAGCAAUGUUUUACUGUACUGUACAGAGCUGUAAAAUAGUUUUUUCGAUGCCUAAAAACGUUGUUUGUAUGGAUGGAUACGGAAACGGAGACCAGUCAUAUUUUUUUUCGCGAGGGAAAGAGUUACAAGAAUUGUUGAUUAUACUUAGUGCGAAAGCAGCCGAAAGGAGGAAAAAGAAAAACGUAAGGAUGGAGAGGAUAGGAACGCUACAGCAAAUGCCAGAGCGAGAGAUAGUGUUAAAGGAAGGAAAAGAAAAAUGAAACUAUUGUAAUGUGUUUGCCUUGAAAUGAAAACAAAACUAACUAGAAAUGAAAUAACGGUGCUGAAAUGUUAAUUUUUUUUAAUCGAUCGUUAACGUUAAGUGUUACGUUAUAACGUUUGAGCGUGUAUGAGAGACAAGCUGUUAUACAUGGAUGGGACACUGCACUACACACGAAGAUAAACCAGCCAAUCUGAACCCAAAUCAAAUUCUAACUCACAGCCACAAAGCAAUCAAAACAGAGAGAUGCAUUUCGUAGAGAUCGUAAUCGUAGCGUAAAUAAACAGAUGGAUAAACAGACAAUAUAUACAAUAAACCAUAAAACCAUAACUCUAUGACCAAACACCAUAGCUAGAGGCCGCAACCCAAGUAACUGAAUCGGAGCAACAAACAAUCAAACUACAAUCUAUAGUACCACCAGCCAAAACAAGCAACUAAUGCAAUAGCCCAAUUUUGUGUUGUUUUUUGAUAUAGCUAUUAUCUAAUUAGUAACUAUACAGUUUUUAUUUUUUUUUGUAACGUAAAUAUUAAACUAAUUGAUAUUCCAUAGAAUUAAUGUUACGAAAUAUAGUUGAGACGGACGCAGUCAACCAAGUCAAAUCAAAUCAAAUCAAAUCAAAACGAAACCCCAAUCCCUAGCGAUCCAAUCCUUUUGUUUGUAUAACACUUGCUUCGAAGGCAGACAGUUUCAAAACACCACAUGAAUAUCAAGGCAAAAUCAACAUUUCGGCAAAAAGCAAACCUAAAAGAAAGAAAAAAUUACAACAUUUCGGUCAAACAAGCAACAACAAAACGAAAAACUUUUGAGCGGCACAUUAUUUUGGAUAAAAUAUAAUAUUGAACAAAAUUUUUGGACAAAAACUCAAAGCCAACAAGAAGCGUGUACAAGCUUUAGGACAGCCCAAUUUUUUGAAAUAUCACAAUUUCUUUGUUCUUUUUCAAGAAGAAACAAAAGAAUACAGAAAGCAGAAGCAGAAAAGAUGAUGAAAUUUGAAGAAGAUUGAAAAAGUAAUUAAAAUACCUCAAUGUAAGUGCAUUAUCUUCUACAAAAAAAAAAAAGAAAAAAUACAACUAAAAACAAACUUGCAAAGCGUAAAAAUGGAUUAAAAAAUGCUAGAACAUCCUAAUGAGAGAAAACGAAAUAUAAAAAGCAAGCCCUAAAAAUAAAAUGUAGAUUAUAAGCAAACAAAUAACAGAAACUAAUAAUGAAUGAAACAGACAAAACGAAUCUAAACAGAACCGGAAUCAAAGAAACAAACAUUGGAGAAGGCAUAUCACCAAAUCACAGAAGAAAUGAACGCAUUUCGAUGAGAAAUCUUCAAAAAGACAAAUGCUGGCGAAUGGAUUUUUUUUUUCAAAAGUUUCUAUGAGCAAAAAACAAGAACACAAGCAAAAACAUUCGAAUCCGAACCGAACCCAAUCUAAAUCAAACCCACAGCAACCAAUCAAACAAUCACUCACCCACCAAAGCCCUUCGCGAAAUAGUUUUGGGUCGAACUCCCCACCCAGACCAUAUGUAUGUACCAUACCAACCGAAGCAGAUCAACCCAGGACAUAGGGAUAUAGGAGAUAUAGGAGCAGGAUGCGAUUAGGAGGGAUGGGAAGUGUAUAUAAGAAUGUUGCGGGGCAUUAACAUUGAUCUUUAUAUACGAGAAAUCAAGCCGCUAUAUAUGUAUAUAUAUAUAUGCGAUAUAUAUGUGUAUGUUGAAAAUGCGUGACAUUUUGUUUUGUUAUACUUGAGAAUCUAUAUAUGUAUAUCUAUAUAUAUAUGUAUAUAAAUCUAAGAAAUUUUCCCUCUUGUUUAUAACGUAUAAUUAUUCUUACUAAUUAUACCCCAUUUAUUUUUUUUCCAUGGAAAAAUGUCCAAAGUUGUCAAUAUAAAGACAAAUACAUAUACAUAUAUAUCUAUAUAUAGAUAUGUGGAUCUAUGCUUAAAUACGAUAUUUAUAAAGAAGAAGGAACGGAAUUUUUCUAAAAAAUUCCAACAAAAAGGAAAGAACAAAGAAAUGAAAAUUAUUAUUCCAAAUGCUGAAUCAAAGAAAAGUCAGAUCGAUGAAAGGGGCGAGUUAAUAAUUUAGCUAUAGCUCUGGUUUAUUUUGACGGGGGGUUUAACACGAUAAAAGAUAACAAAAAAAAUAACAUAAAUGAGGACAAAGAUCGAAGAAAUUACUGAAAACUUGUGAGUUAGCGUGCGCGUUAAAAACGAAAACAAAGAUAAGAAUAAAGAUAAUGAUAAUGAUGUAGAAAGAGAACUCAGUUUGAGGAACGAAGAGAGAGAGAGAGAGGAAAGCGAUUGUGAGAAGUGUGAAAAGCAGAAACGAAAUUAUUUUUUAGUAUUUAGAGGCUAUUUUAUAUCGUUAUUAAAGCAGGUAGGAGAGUGAGGCAACGGUUAGGACGAGAGAAAGUUGAGGGAAAAAUACCAGCAGAAAAAGCGAAAAAUGAAUGGCAGUUUAGCAAGAGCAAGUUAAAUUUUAACCCCAUGGGAAAACGAAAUAAAUAGGGCAAAUCUCGAAAAAAACAGAACCUGGCAUGGGUGUAGGCUUAGCAUUUCGAAAUCCCAGAGUACAGUCGACACCAAAUGUACUAAGCUUUUGGGGUGCAACCCUGCUUACAUGGUUGCCACCUUUUCUAAACAUUGCAUUUUAACACAAUCCAGUUUCUAUUUUUCAAACAUUUCUCCAACACUCAUGCCGAUUUUGUACAGUUUUUCCCUCCGGAGAACGUUAAAUUGAAUUGUCCCGCUGAGGA